AACACAACACAGCGUCUAUUCUUCCGGAAAGCCACACGAAGAAGAUAUUCGUGGCAAGCGAGUCAUCUGAUCUACGUUAGAGCAAGGGGAAUUAUGUUGCUGGAAAAUCGCCGAAGGAUGGAGACUUUAUUCAGCGUAGCGUUUAUCUUCUGCUCGGCUUUUACGGCAGGCGUUCAGGGGGACAGCCUCACCAUAUUGCAGGCCCCUGGGUACGUGUCCUUCCAAAAGGGAGACUGGCCAAUCUCUGGGGAGAAGAUUCCAGAUAUGGUGGCUCUGACUAUGGGUUUCUCUGUCCAGGAGGAUCUCUCCUGGCCUGGCCUCCGGGCAGGUCAGUUGUUCCAGCGUCCCAGGGCCAACGUGCUGGUGGUGGUGAGGGGGGUGGACAGCCUGGCCCUGCCACAGAAUGUGGCCUCCUACCCCUUGGAGAACCCGGUACCCUUCACCCUAGACAGUGUGGCUGAGACGGUUCAUUCUCUCUUUGCUGAGGACACUCCUGUGGUCCUCCAGCUGGCCCCUAGUGAGGAGAGGCUGUACAUGCUGGGGAAGGCCAACGCGGUGUUUGAGGACCUCCCUGUGACCCUGCAGCAGAUCCGUUCUCGUCUCUCCCAGGAUGGCUCCGUGCUGGCCUCCCUGCCACUUAACUCCCUCAACCGCAACGCUGAGGCUGAUCUGCUCUUCCUGUCUGAGGUCCAGGUUCUGCAUGACAUCACUGCCCUGCUGCGGAGACACCGGCACCUGGCCCAGGACCACUCCCCUGACCUGUACUCCCUGGAGCUGUCUGGACUGGAGGAGCUGGGCCGUCGCUACGGACAGGACUCCCCUCAGUAUCGAGACGCCACCGCCAUCCUGGCCAACGUCCUACAAAAGUUUGGUGAGGACAUGUUUGGUCUCUAUGGUGACAGUGCGGUGGUCGAGGUUGUCACGGUGAAGAGCUUUGAGGCACCAUUGACCAGGAAGUCCCGCUCCAUCCUGGAGUCCAAACAGAUUAGUAACCCUGGCAGUCCCUAUAACCUGGCCUAUAAAUAUAACUUUAAUUAUGCAGUGAUCUUCAACAUCGUGCUAUGGCUGAUGAUCAUCCUUGCCUUGGCUGUCAUUGUCAUCUCAUACAAUCUGUGGAACAUGGACCCAGGAUAUGACAGCAUCAUCUACAGGAUGACCAAUCAGAAGAUCAGGUUGGACUGAAGUCUGCCCAGCAACACUCCAGCCCUCCAAUUAGCCCUCUCCUAGUGGAAGUUUAUUGUUUUUCUUGUUUUGUGUGAAAAAUAAAGAUGUGGAGCCUUGGAGUCUUAGCCCAUACUCUCUAGGUACUUGUUUAGAUCUGAGAGAGUUGGAUAGGUAUAAGCAAUAUGGUGAAAAUAAUUCCACCCAGCUUGGUAUAUAAGCCAUGGUCGAACUAAGUAUAAACCAAAUAGUGUAUACCUAUCCAAACUCUCAGAUAUACACAAGGUGAUAGGGGUUGAUUGUGGACUGAGGAGUAGAAAUCAGAAUAGCAGUUGUUCAGGUGGAGGUAAUAGUUUAAUCCAAUAUGUAUGACAUGUAUGUGAGUUGCAGUUCACUAUAAUGUCACUGGUUAGCUCCUUUUGAGAAAGUACUGCAAAGGUUGACUAUAUAGAAUUGUAACACUGUAGAGCUGUGUCUGAAGCCUAGUCCUGUACCUUCUAUCCCACACUUCACAUUUAUUUUGAGUGUCAACAGUAGUUGUCCUACUUCCUUGGUGAUUGAAAAUGUCCUGUUUUAUUUUUUUGUAAAAAGAAAAAUAUAUUAUUGUAAUGCCCUGAAAGACUGAGAAUUAUAUGGUGUGUGUGAUGUAAAUUAUUGUAUUUUUUGAGAUAUGAAACUUAAGUUAAAGUGAAAUGUGUAUAUAUUGAAGUUAGAAAUGCAAAUAUCUUGAAUAAACUGCUGUAUUGGUAUGGUGAGAAGGUCUGUAAUAUUCACUGGCAUGUUGCAUGAAUUUUGCAGUUGUGUGACGAUAUGAAAUGGAAAUAUUAUGUACAAUAUGGGCAAUAAAUGAUUUAAAAUCAUAAGUUUGUGUACUUCAAUCAGCAAAUUGAAUUAACAUGUUUAUUAAACCAAUAUAGUCUACAGAAACCAGUGAUACAUUGGCACAAAUGACCUUGGACAAAUUGUCCCACAGUUAGUUUUAGUAAAUGUGUCACUCAGUCUGACACCGAGUUUAUAAUAAACACGUUUUCUAAUUCAGAGUGAUAUGACAUGUUUACCACCACCAAAAAUACUCCUCAAUUCACUUAUCCAAUACAUAAGCAGAUCACGAGACAAGGUCAGUCGUAACUGUUGAGCUAUAUAGAAGUAGCCAAUCAGUGAAGCCGUGUAGCUAUCUGCUCCAAUAGAGAGACGAGUUCCUGAAACUCCACCUCUAAGGUUAUCCGCAAUACGUAACUGGGUGUGCUUUUGUGUAACUGGUUUGGUAACAGCAGAUCGACUAUACUACCAAAAGACAUCGAUCAAGCAGCAAAACAUUCCUCUAUCUGGCGACAAAAACAUCCCUUUUCUGAGGAGAAAGAAGAACAGACUCUCGUGCCAUGGUCUGACUGCUGAUCAAAGCCAGCAUCUGGACGGUGAGGAAGAUUCGGGCCCACAUUGCUGAGGGAGAGCAAGAGGAGAAGCCCAUCUUCACACCAUGUGGUGUUAUUGGUUUUAAGAAGGAGCAGUUGACAUCAGGUUCUGAUCCACCGGCGGCCAUAAUGACCCCUGAACCUGAUGAUGGUAUCGCUAACGGCGGCCCGGCGCCGUCGUCAGAGACAGCCGUGCAGAAGUGCGGUUCCUGAGGUUAAAGGUCACACUGGAUAACUGGCUGGGAUCAAUAAAUGAUUAUUAAGCAUGUCUUGAAAAAGGAUGCAUUUACAGAACUGUAUGUCGACAGACGCAGUCACCCUGUUCCUUGCUCCCAGACAACUUUGCAGUAUUUAGAUUUGUUUGUGUUAUUUCUUACCUUAUUUACUCAGAACAUUUCUAGUAUUGUUACUUACACCCGGAAAAAAAGUUUUGGACGUUAAUCAGGGAAAUUCUACUUCCCUGAUCGGACUGUCUAUAAACAACAUUCACAUACAUUAUUCUGAUACUUUUUCAUUUAUUUUUCAAAAGUUUGGAUUAUGUAUUGUAUUGCUAGAAACAUACGCAUUUUGCUGCACCUGCAAAUCUGUACGUGACCAAUACACUUUGAUUACUUUUUUCUAUAGCCCAACACGCUCUUACUUAACUUUACUGACCUUAGUCAAAGCGUUCCCAUACAAAAUGUCACUAUGACCAUAAUGAUGACUAGUUUUGAGAUCAAAUUAUGACAUGACAAGUCAUUCCAUUUAAUUUACGUUGUGUAGGUUUCUGAACCCAAGUAUCCUAAUACGAUAUCGCAAUAAAAAGUUUAUUAUUUACUGAUCUAUAGAAGAUAUUCUUUAACAGCCCUCCAACUGAAAAACGUUUAUGUUGUCAUGCCCUUGCUGUCCCAGCCUCUGUCCAGUGUGCCCAUACUCAGCGGACCAAAUACUAAGCUGAGAUACCUGCUGUAAUUCCAACUUUCACUCACAUCAGUCACUAAAUCAGUGUGAAGAUUGUGUGAAGUUAGGACAUUUUCAUAUACACUGAUCUCAGGUCAAUAUUGGGUCCAGUGAGCUCUGUUUAACUUCUGACACCAGAUGACCCUUGUGGCUGCAGCGUGUGACGGCCUGCUCACCAACCCCUCCACCCAGGGACUGAGCGGUUCUGAUGCCCCUGCUGCAGCUUCCCCAAUAAAAACUUGAAAACUA